AAGCAGGCAGGAGGAGAGAAGGAUGGCAGCAAUUUCAGAACAAAAUCCCAACCUUGAAACACGCAAACUCCAUACAGAUAGUUCUUUCCUGGAUCCAUCUCUUUCUUCAGAUAGUUCUUUCCUGGAUCUCUUUCGAGUUUCCACUCUUACCGGAGAAAGUUUUCCCUUGUGCUGGGAACAUCUCGAACUUUUUUUCCCAAGAAAGUCUGUGAAUUUUGGAUGUUGACGUGAGAAAUGGAGAGCGUGAUAAGUCAAGGGAGGUCUUUGGAGGAGACGCCAACAUGGUCAGUCGCAUCUGUCACGACGGUUAUGGUUUUCGUCUGCUUUAUCGUGGAAAGAUCCAUCCACCGAUUCGGCAAGUGGUUGAAGAAGACUAGGAGAAAGGCUCUAUCUGCUUCUUUGGAGAAAAUUAAGGAAGAGUUGAUGCUGCUUGGGCUCAUAUCCUUGUUACUGGGGCAAUGGGCAAGUUGGAUUUCUGGAAUAUGUGUGGAUUCAUCUCUUUUCAGCAGUCGGUUCUACGUUUGUUCUGAAGAGGACUAUGACAUGAGUGAGAAAUUCAUGUCCAUUAAAUCCUUCUCAUCAUCCAAUGAAACCAAUAUUCCUCCAAAGGGAAUCAACCAUGCCUUAUCUAACCAAUGUGGUGAGGGGCAUGAACCUUUUGUUUCAUAUGAAGGUCUUGAACAGCUUCAUCGUUUCUUGUUUGUUCUUGGCAUCACUUAUGUGAUGUAUAGUUGUGUUACUGUUGGUUUGGCUAUGAGUAAGAUUUACAGCUGGAGCAAAUGGGAAAACCAGGCUACCCUAGCACUUGAUGCAAAACUGCAAGCAAAGCUGAACAAGGUGAUGAAUCGACAAUCCACCUUUGUUUUACAUCAUGCAUCUCAUCCAUGGAGCAGGAGCCGGUUUCUAAUCUGGAUGCUUUGCUUCCUAAGACAGUUUAAAAGGUCAAUACAGAAGUCAGAUUAUUUAGCACUGCGAAUGGGUUUCAUCACUAAUCACAAGCUGCCACAUUCUUAUAACUUCCACAGGUAUAUGGUCCGAAGCAUGGAAGAGGAAUUCUAUGGAAUUGUGGGGAUCAGCUGGCCACUCUGGGGUUAUGCCAUACUAUGCAUUUUUAUUAACAUUCAUGGUUUGAAUAUCUAUUUCUGGCUUUCUUUUAUCCCUGUCAUUGUUGUCAUGUUGGUCGGAACAAAACUCCAGCAUGUCGUGUCAUUGUUAGCACUUGAGACCGUGGAACCAAAGGGGCAAGCUAUUGGAACUCAAGUCAAGCCACGCGAUGAUCUCUUCUGGUUUGGGAAACCAGAAAUAUUGUUACGGUUAAUCCAAUUGAUAUCAUUUCAGAAUGCCUUUGAGAUGGCAACAUUUAUAUGGUAUUGGUGGGGAUUUAAGCAGCGAUCAUGUUUGAUGAAGAACCAUGUAAUGAUUUGCAUCCGGUUGGUUUCUGGUGUUCUUGUUCAGUUCUGGUGUAGCUAUAGCACCGUACCUCUGAACGUACUUAUCACACAGAUGGGAUCAAAGUGCAAUAAAGCUGUGAUUGCUGAGAGUGUCCGGGUGUCGCUGCACAGUUGGUGUAAGAGGGUGAAGGAGAGGUCCAAACGCGACGCUCUGCAUUCAGUGACUAUGAGGUCUACGUGCUCCCUUGAAUCAAUGAUCGAUGAGAGGGAUGAGAUCAUCACUGUUGGAUCCGGGACCUUGUCAAGGUGCUCUUCUGCAGGCACACUUGAUCAUGUUGAAGUAAAUGCGACAGCUUCAACUGAACGCCAACAUGAAUUGUCCUUUCGGAUAACAGAAAAUCCAGGAAACUCCAUGGGAAAUGCCUCAUUGGAGGCUUUGCAAUAUGAAGAUGAAGGGGCCAAAGUUGAAACUCUUCUUGAUCUGUUUCAGAAGACAUGAAGAAGUGUCCAUAACCACCCACUAUUUACGAACGUUGGAGUUACUUACAGGAAAAAAAGAACGUCGGAGUUGUUUUCAACCACCCACCCUUUAUGACCGUUGGAAUUGUUUUGUAGGACUUUUGAAGUUUUGCUAUAUCCAUGUGAUAAUGGUGUAGUUUUCUUUCAUAUUGGCUCAAA